AUGGGGAGGUCACCAUGUUGUGAUGAAAUCGGCCUAAAGAAGGGUCCAUGGACACCGGAUGAGGACAAGAAGCUGACGGAAUUCAUUCAGAAGCAUGGUCAUGGGAGUUGGCGGCUGCUCCCAAAGUUCGCCGGCCUCAACAGGUGCGGAAAAAGCUGCCGGCUUCGGUGGACCAACUACCUUCGGCCAGAUAUCAGGAGAGGGAACUUCUCUGAAGAAGAAGAGAAACACAUCGUCGAUCUCCACUCAGUUCUCGGAAACAAGUGGUCAUUAAUAGCAGCACGUCUACCAGGGAGGACAGAUAACGAGAUCAAGAACUAUUGGAACACCCAUCUGAGGAAGAAGCUCCUCCGAAUCGGUAUCGACCCGGUGACCCAUAUGCCGAGAACUGAUCUAAAUCUUCUCGGUAGUCUUUCCAGUCUGCUUGCAGAUGCCAACUUCAGGAACUGGAGCAAUUUGAAUAAUGUUCUAAAGUUACAGGCAGAUGCUGCCCUCCUAGCCAGGAUGCAGUUGGUCCAAAAGCUAAUUCAAGUUCUAACUAAUGCCCCAACUUCAAAUCUGGAUUUGACCGGUCUCUUGGGAUCAGCCUCCCUUGGGAAUCACCAAUUAAGUGACCUCCUGCAGUUAAGUCGCCUGUAUGAGGGUCUUUCCAAUAGCUCUCUCAGCGUUCAUGGUUCCAUUCAAAUGCCUUCAAGCCUUCCAAAUUUGAGCUUCCAAAGCUUACUGAACAAUAAUCAAGCUUGCACCAACUCAAGACUUUCUCUCGAUGGUGAUGUGGCUGCAAGCGAGAAUGGAACUGAGAGCAAUGGUUUUAGUGCUGAUUCCUUUGUCUUUCCAACUUCAAAUACCACAUCACCACUUCUUCCAGCCUCUCCAGACGCCCACACGGAUCAAACGCAAGGUCCCAUCACCUUGAGCAACGUAUCAUCCACCUCAGCACCCUUUGAAGCUUGGAAAGACCUAAAUCUAGAUGAUCUAAGCAGUGAUUGUGGCUGGAAAGACAUUCUAGAGUAA